AUUGCAUAGACUAUUCACCGCACAUAAAUAUAAUAAUAAAAUCUAUACCUAUAGAAUGGGAGGUAAUUAUUCAGCAAUGGACCCGAUGGACGUUCCUGUGCCUAACAUCGAUAAAUUAAUUGAACGAGAUGGUUACCUGAAGCCAUACGAGAGAGAAAUACGUCGCCGAUAUGCCUGCUUCAAAGACAUAUGGGAUAAAAUGGAGAAGUGGGAAGGUGGAAUCAGUGGUUUCACUUCCGCUUACAAUUACUACGGUCCUCAAUUUGGUGCUGACGGCUCCGUGAUUUGGCGAGAAUGGGCACCUGGGGCACAUUCCUUGCAUCUACAGGGCGACUUUAAUGGAUGGAAUUCUAAGAGUCAUCCGUUCAAAAAGCUGGAGUACGGCAAAUGGGAGUUAUACAUUCCAGCAAAUGCUGAUGGCUCUUGCCCAAUGAAGCAUCAAACUCGCGUGCAAAUUAUUGUCAACGACCAUUUGUAUAGAGUGUCGCCAUGGGCCAGUUAUGUCAAGCCUUUUGAAGGGUUCACAUACCAACAAUUCAUUUAUAAGCCGGAUAAUAAAUAUGUUUUUAAAAACAAGAAAGUUGAAAAGCCAGCUUCUCCCCGCAUUUAUGAAUGCCACGUUGGGAUUGCAACUUCAGAAGGGCGCGUCGGGACAUACACAGAAUUUAAAGAUAAUGUAUUACCGAGAAUAAAAGAUUUAGGAUACAAUACAAUUCAACUCAUGGCUAUUAUGGAACACGCGUAUUAUGCAUCUUUUGGUUAUCAAGUGACCAGUUUCUUUGCUGCGAGCAGUCGUUACGGUACCCCUUGUGAGUUAAAAGCGCUGGUUGACAAAGCUCAUGAAAUGGGUAUAUACGUACUCCUAGAUAUUGUACACUCCCACGCAUCUAAGAACACUUUGGAUGGUCUCAACGAAUUCGAUGGCACAACGUCAUGCUUCUUCCACGAUGGACCGCGAGGAACACAUUCUCUGUGGGACAGUAGACUAUUCAACUACUCGGAAACGGAGGUGUUAAGAUUUUUACUGUCAAAUUUACGAUGGUAUCAAGAGGAGUAUCAGUUCGACGGUUUCAGAUUCGACGGUGUGACAUCUAUGUUGUACCACAGCCGUGGCAUCGGUGAAGGGUUCUCGGGACAUUACGAUGAAUACUAUGGUCUCAACGUGGACACAGAAGCGCUCGUUUAUCUCAUGUUAGCUAACGAAAUAGUGCACAAUAACGAUCAACGCGCCAUUACUAUAGCUGAGGAUGUAUCUGGUAUGCCUGCUUCAUGCCGGCCCGUCAACGAAGGUGGGACUGGGUUCGACUACCGCCUGGGCAUGGCGAUACCUGAUAUGUGGAUAAAACUGCUGAAAGAGGAGCGAGACGAAGACUGGAAGAUGGGACACAUCGUCCACACACUCACCAACAGACGGUGGAUGGAGGGAACUGUUGCCUACGCUGAAAGCCAUGAUCAGGCCCUGGUGGGAGAUAAGACCAUAGCGUUCUGGUUGAUGGACAAAGAGAUGUACACCCACAUGAGCACGUUGAGUGACUCCAACCCUGUGAUCGAGCGCGGCAUGGCUCUGCACUGCAUGAUACGUCUCAUCACUCACGCACUUGGCGGAGAAGCUUACCUGAACUUUAUCGGUAAUGAAUUCGGUCACCCCGAGUGGCUUGACUUCCCUCGUGCCGGCAACAACUCGUCGUACCACUACGCGAGACGACAAUGGAACUUGGUCGACGACGCGCUGCUCAAAUAUAGAUUCCUCAACGAUUUUGAUAGAGAUAUGCAAACCCUUGAGAAUAAAUAUGGCUGGCUUCGAUCAAACCCAGGCUUCGUGUCGUGCAAACACGACGGUGACAAGGUGAUAGCUUUCGAGCGGGCAGGCCUUCUGUUUGUGUUCAACUUCCAUCCGAACCAAAGCUUCACAGACUACAGAGUGGGUGUUGAUGUGCCCGGCAAGUAUCAGGCAAUAUUAUGCACGGACAGUAAGAAGUACUGUGGUUUUGGCCGUGUGGAGCCCAACAAUGAAUGUCAUUUAACGCAGAACAUGCCGUGGGGUAAUAGAAGUGAUUCUAUCCAAAUCUAUAUACCAUGCCGCACUGCAAUUGUGUACGCAAAAUGUGAUUGAUUAGAAGGCUGUGUUUCUAAAUGUAGCUACUCCUUUGUGUAUUGGAUUCUUACAACUUUAAUAUGUUAUCAUACCUGUACAUACUAAGAGAUUUCUCAAAUUAUUGUGCUCAAUGCCUUAAACUUAUUAAGCCUGGUCUUUGCAUGUUGAACCUAAACCUAUCAAAAUGAUUAAAUAAUUCUAAGAAUAUAUAUAUAAUAUUGUCUUAGAUAUUUUUACAUUAUAUAUUGCAUACAUAUAUUAAUAUUGUAUGCUUUUCCUUCUAUACAGACUUUAAGAAUGUAACUAGGGUGCCAUAUAUCUUUAAGCAGUUUCUUAAUAAAAAGACUAGACAAAACUAUUCAGCUCUUAGUGAGAAGAAAUUAUUUAGUCCUUAGUAAUAUAUAUAUUUUGGUAUUUUUGAAACUGUUAUAAAUAGAGCAUAUAAUAUAUAUAUCCAUAAAAACUAUUGUAUUUGUUUUUAAAAUAAAACAAUGUUGAUUUGUCAUAUUUUUAUUAAAUAAAAAACUAUAAACACA